AUGCCGCCGAAAAAGGCACCAGCGUCUAGUAAAAAGACGGAGCAGAAGAAAAAAGAAAAAGUAAUUGAGGAUAAAACAUUUGGUUUGAAAAACAAGAAAGGUGCUAAGCAACAAAAGUUUAUUCAGCAAGUGGAGAAGCAGGUUAAAAGUGGUGGGAUUCAUCCUGCCAAGCCUAUGGAUGAUAAGAAAAAGGAGAAAGAUCAGAAACUAAAGGAACAGAAAGAAUUAGCUGCACUUUUCAAGCCAGUACAGACACAAAAGGUUGAAAAAGGUAUUGAUCCAAAGUCUGUGGUGUGUGCAUUCUUCAAGCAAGGGCAAUGUGCAAAGGGUGAUCGCUGUAAAUUCUCACAUGACUUAACAAUUGAGAGGAGGGCUGAGAAACGGUCCCUUUAUGUGGACAUGCGAGAUGAUGAUGAUGAUAACAUGGACAAUUGGGAUGAGGAUAAACUGAAGGAAGUUGUUGAAAAGAAACAUGGAGAAGGAAAUAAGGAACGCCCUACAACUGAUAUUAUAUGUAAACAUUUCCUUGAAGCUGUAGAAAAGUCAAAAUAUGGAUGGUUUUGGGAAUGUCCAGCUGGUACUAAAUGUAUUUACAGGCAUGCUUUGCCACCUGGCUUUGUCCUUAAACGAGACAAAAAGAAAAUGGAGGAGAAGAGUAAUGAGAUUUCUCUUGUGGAUCUCAUAGAAAGAGAAAGAGCUGCACUUGGUCCUAAUCAAACUAAGAUCACUUUGGAAACUUUCUUAGCAUGGAAGAAGAAAAAAAUUAAAGAAAAACAGGAAAUCCUUAACAAAGCUGAAGAACAACGUCGCACUGAUUAUAAAGCUGGGCGUGCGGUUGGUCUAUCUGGACGAGAAAUGUUCUCCUUCGACCCGGCCAUGGCGGCUGAUGCGGAUGAUGGCGACGAAGCCUUCGACUUGGGCAAGUUUCACGAUGAAGACGAGGAUGAAAAGACGGUUGAAUAUAGAAAUAUCGAACUCGACCUUAUUGGGAACGAAGCUUGCGAGGUUGAUGACUCUGGCACUAAAGCGAAGUCAGAUAGGUUAGAGCAAUUAGGCAAAGAUCUCUCAAAUGGUGAGAAAAAUGAAGAAGAAGCCACAGACGGAGCGGUUCCUAUCAAUGAAAACCUUUUCUUGGCUGAAGAUCUUGAUGAAGAAUUGGAGAAUUUAGAGUUAGAUGACUAG